CGCAAAGUCCACGCGACCCAUUUCCAUUCCUCCUUUCUGCUCCACCGUCGAGCUCGCGGCUCGCACGAUCCACCGAGAAAACCCACGAAUUAACGAAUCAGAGAUGGCGGACACCACCGGCGGCGGCGGCGGGGCUGGCGGCGGCAUAGGGCGCGAGGCCGGUCGCCGCACGAUAGGUCUGCUGGCGAGCGCGGCGAAGCGGAAGGACGGGUUCGUGCAGCUGCUCCUGAUGUCGGGCAUCCUCAUGAUCAGCCUGCGGUCCCUCAGCCAGAAGCACCGUGUCCGCGACCUCGGCCACGACGCCGCCGAGCUCGGCCGCGAGGGGGAGCUCAUCUCCCUCCGCAUGCGCGAGCUCCAGGACGCGCUCCACCGCGAGGCCGGCGCCGACGAGUCCGGCGCGCUCGCCUCACACCUCCGCCGCAUCUUCGCCGCUCACCCUCCCACCCCCAAGGCCGCCGCCACCGCCGACCACCACUAGCUCGCUCGCGUUCGCGCGCUCUUGUUCGUCGAUUUUAUUAGCCUGUUUGAUUUUGAGAUCUUUGUAUGUGGGUUGUUUAUCUGCUUCGUGAAACCAUGGCCGUGCACGCCAUUUGUUUGUGGAAAUGCCGGAGAGGGUCCGCCGAACUGUAUCGAACUGACGAGAAACUGUCUGUGCACCGUACCGCAUUGUGCUGCGCUUGGAUGCGAUUCUGCAUUUCCUCUAUCUAUUCAAUAAUUUUCCAA